AUGGCCACGUUAGUAAAGGUCAAGACCAAGGAGCGGCAGGAUGUCAAUGCACACCUUCUGUCAUCUGUACCAGCACCGUUCCCAAGGGAGAGGCUUCAGGUCAAUACUACAAACGCUUCUCGAGAUCAACCGGUGGUGAAAGAUCAUGAGCCCACCCACCAGCUAAGCUCAUCUCAUAUGACCGAAGAAUCGGAUGAGGAGGAAAAGGUCAAAAUGUACGAAUUAAUGCCUUCAAUCGUGAACGUCGAGCGGACAUUGUUGAUGACAUUGAACAACUUGCUCUCAGUGAGCCAUCGGUGGAAGACUAUAGUACCAGAGAGGCGACAUUCCAUGCCAAACAGCCCCCAGAGCUCGACGACGCCACGAAUAGAAUUUGAAUCUACUUCCUCUGCACUACAGACCCUCGUCUCGAAUCUCCGCAGUCGAACACAAGAUGGGUCCAUGGAGGAAGUCUCCUCUGCGCAGAAUGACACCGAAUUGAUUAAUGAGCUCCGUUCUCGCGUGGAUGACCUUUCGUCUACGCUGGAACCCUCAGAUGCAGAACUCACUCGGGCGGUUAUAAUGCUCCUGUCUCAUCUAAACCGACUUUCAAUAAUCUUGAGUGCCUCUCCUUCACCAUCCAGCCAGAUAGCCCAUUUGCGCUCAUUUACGGCUUUGAACGCUUCUAGUGGAGACAAUGUCUUCGACACACUCAAACGCCAAUUGAGUGAUUUCCAGUUCGAACGCCUCACAUCUUCAUCCUAUAACGUUCCAUCCGGUUCUAAGCCUGUCAUUACUGUCGAAGCUGCCUUGCUGUGGACUAGGAUUGAUGAAGAACUAGAGACGGUCGUUUCGAUGUGCAGAGAACGUACUGAACAGUUGCCGCGGUUUUCUGCCGACAAUCUUCCUCCUCAGUAUGAUGCUGGUGACCACGACGAGAAGCUUCCGGAAUACGAUUCCGAGACCAGACUUUCACUUUCAUAUGACGGAGAAAAACCUCGGCCCCAGGCUACAUGUUCGCCUAUCAUAUCUGCUGGCCAGGGAUGUGAAAAGAGGCGACUCGAUUUUGAAGCGGUAACGAUGGCUAUAGAUCGAUUGUAUCUUGUUGCUCCACAGCUCCACAACCAACGCGUAGAAUUGAAAUCCUCGAAAUUAGCGCAGAUGGAAAGGGCCAGGAAAGAGGGGACGCAAUCUAUAAAGUUACAAGGCAAACAGAAAGAGCAGGAAGGAGACACCCGAGAUCUGGAAAGGAUGCUGGAACUCAUUGGGAAAGCUUCGGAUCGCACCUUAAAAGACCAGUCCGUCAUCCUCGACGGUGGAAUGAAGUCGCGAUUGGAUAGGGCUCGUGUACGCGAUAACGAAAAGCGUGAAGCUUUUGUGUCCCACUUGGCCGAGCACUCCAGUGCCGGGCGACUUCACGAUCAAGAUGCUGUGUUACAGCCGAUCAAAGUCAAAGAUCCCAACGCGCUCCUUACACUCCCAGAGUUCAUUAAGGAAGCUAUGCCAAUGGAGCGUCAGCAACUGUUAGAUCCACAAGCUCUGUUGACCCUUCCGGAGUUUGUCAAAGAAAUGCCUCCUCCACAUAUUCUGGCCAAAAUGAACUCGGGUUCCGCCUCCCCGCCCUCAAGCACUAUUUCUCGGUUGAAGAAGAAGAACCGCGAUCGCAGCAGCUCAGCUCCUCCCCUUUCCUUAUCCUGGCUGAGAAGCUCCUCUUCCAAGUCCAGUCUACAUGAAAUCAGAACAAGCAACUCCUCAUCUGGGGCGUUAUCUUCGGCUAUCUUUGAGACCAAUCAUCUAGCAGAGUACCACGAAAAUUUACACCACAUCCUUGUCUUCUUUACUGUUAACGGGGCUCAACCUGGUGUAGACAUUGAGGCAGAAGUGGUCCCUUCAAGCCCCCUGGAUGAUGGCGACAAGUUGGUUAUCAAGAGCGGACCUAAUACAUCUUUACCUCUUCUCCUUCCUGGAAGAGUAACUCCUGGGAAAAAAGAGGUCAAGGUUCAGAGCGGUCAUUAUGAAAUCAAACUUGCAACACUACCUUCACCCAGACCACUCGAGCACCGACCCCUUCUUGACGCAACGCAGCUCUCGGAGAAGAAGCCGACCAGCUUUAUUUGUGCUUCGUGCUCUCUUCCAUUGGUCCAUUCUUCCAAAGGCUACCGCUACCGUGAUCUUCCCUCAGAACAUUGGGAAGAGCUUGUAGAUGCAUGGAUGUGCCAUUCUGCCCAGAAACUACACGAGGACGUUACUAAGCGCAGCAAGGAAGGAUUCUGGCCGGAACCUAGUUGUGCACUUGUGGGGGGAAGUUACAUCUUGUUUGAAGAAUCUGCAAUCAACAAGGAUAAUGUUCAUAUACCUGAAGCUACGACGUAUGAUGAAGGGAGACACGUUAUUCGAUGUAUAUGCGGUGCUAUCAUAGGACGUUACCAGGAACAUCAGUCGGAUAACGCCAAGAUCAGAGCAUAUAGGGUACUAAAGUACGCAGUCCGUUCCGUGAGUCCAAUAGCAGAACCUUCAAGAAUUCCUCUUUCAGCGUUCGUCGUGGAGGAUAUGACAGAGUUUGUUCAAGCCCAUGCCUCCUACCGAUUUGUGUUAUCUGAUGAAGAGGAGGAACGUCCACGCAUCCUGAUAUGGUUAUUCAAACCGAGUAUGCAGAUUGGUUACACUGCACAGCGACCUUAUGCUAUUCCCAAAAGCGCAUCCAUAACUGUUGCCAAAGUUCUCUUCAAACUUUUGGGGCCGUCCGACGCCAAAUCUGAUAUCAGAACAAUCCUCAGCAAAUAUCCCGGAUUCCCUCAAGCAGAGUAUCUGUAUUACCCAAUGGAUGCAUGUCAGCGUCUGGCCGCCCUUCUGAAGGAGAGCAACAUGACCUACCCCGAGAGUAUGCGCGUCAUGACAGGACUAGACGUUGGAUGGCUGCAGAGAAUGUGA